AUGUCCAAAACCCUCCGAUAUACACCACUGAACGAAUUGACGAGCGAUAUUCGUCUUAUAAACUUGCUUCCACCAUCUCCAGGCCACGAUACUAGUCCUAUUAGCUGCACUUCAUUUGCCGUGUCUUUGGAUACGUGGCCACAAUAUGAAGCGCUUUCGUAUACAUGGGGAGAUGCGAAUAUUACCGACACAAUCGAAGUAGACGGCCAUGCAUUUAACGUCACGGCCAAUCUCUUUUCCGCCCUCAAACAACUGCGAACAGAGGACAAACCUCGAACCUUGUGGAUUGAUGCACUCAGCAUUGAUCAAAGCAACGAAGCUGAGAAGUCGUGGCAAGUCAAUCUCAUGGGAUUGAUCUACGCGAAAAGCGAGAGGGGCUUGCUUUGGGUUGGA